UUUGAAUCCACCAAACCGCGGCGGCAUGGGCAAGUCCAAGGGGACGACGGCAGCGACAGGCAAGGCGAGCUCCAACGCUUCGAAAUCAACGGCCAAAGCAAGCCUCGACACACUGUUCUCGGCCAAGAAAGCCGCGGGCAAAGUUCCCAAAGACGCACCGAAGCAAAUCGCUGUUUCUGUCCCAGCUGCAGGGAAGCAAACGGAUAAACAAAGCGCCAAAAACGACCUCGACGCCCUCUUCUCCAGCAUCAAGGCCAAGAAGCAGCAAAAGGUCGACAAAGACAAGGCCGUCCAAAGGCAGGAGGCCAAGGAACGCGCCGAGAAGCUCGCGUACCGCAAGCACUUGGAAGCCCUCGAAGCCGAACGUAGGCAAUGUCUACUCCCACUCGUAUCUCUCACCGCUUUGUAGACAAGCAAAAGAACAACGAUACAUUUGACCCUCGACCGGUGCGGUACGACGCAGACGGUUUACCCAUCUACACGGAGGAGUCGCUGCGGCUGAAUCAAGGCGGCGACACAGCCGACUGCCCCUUCGACUGCUGGUGCUGCUUCUAAUAACUUAACAGUGGAAUCCACUCUUCGUGUAUA